CAUAUCCCCAACUACCCAUCGAAAAUAUGUAUACCUAUUUAUGCUACACUCUUCCUUGUCCCUACCAUCAUCAUCCCCCUUCCACGCUCCCCCAUGACCUUGCCAAUUCCUCGUCCAUCACGAAUAACAAACCCGAAAGGUCCACGCUACCAGCAUCCAGCCCGUUGACACCAAAGUCGCCAAGCUGGCCAUCAUGAAAAUGAGCUAUCCCACCAUCCUGGGUAGCCCUAUUGCCGGUGUCGUCGAAGCCCUAGGUCCCGGCGUGACUAAAGUAUCCGUAGGCGACCGCGUAGCCUGCGGGACCAAGAUCUUCAGCCAGAAGCAGGCAAAGUACGGGGGCCAUCAGCGAUUCUGCGUUGUGGAUGAGGCGGAAGUCGUCGAGAUCGGCGACGUCCCCUUCAUCCAAGCCAUCCCACUCGUAUCCUACACACCUCCCUCGGCGCUUUUCUCCCCCCACCGCCUCGCCCUCACCCGUCCCACCAUCCCCCCUUCCCCGGAUUCCAAAAACGGAAAGAAAAUCCUCAUCUACGGCGGCUCCUCGGCCAUGGGCAGCCUCAGCAUCUCCUACGCCCGCCUCGCCGGCUACACAACCAUCACCACGUGCUCUGCUCGCAACUUCCCCUUGGUACAAUCCCUAGGCGCCGACUUUAUCUUCGAUCACUCGGACCCGGACACUCCACGUCGGAUCAGGGAGUUGGGCAAGAUCGACUAUUGGUUCGAUUGUAUUGCGCUGCCUGCGUCUGCUUCUGCGAUUUUGAAGAUCUUGGCUCCGGAUGGGGAAGAAGGGGCUGUUACGCCCGCACAUAUACUUGCGUUGCUGCCGUACGAGAGGCCCGGGAUGCCCAAGUUGCCGAAGGGGAUAACGGCGCAGAUGCAUUUGUUUUCGACGGGGGCCGAGGAGAAUCGCGAGUGGAGGGACUGGGCGUUGUCAAAGGGGGGAUUUCUGGAGCGGGGGAUCAAGGAAGGGUGGAUCCAGGGGGUGCCGCCGAAGGUUAUUGGGGGGUUGGAGAAGGUGGGUGAAGGGCUGGAUAUGGUGUUUGAAGGGGUGAGUGGGUGUAAGGUUGUGGUUGAGCCUUGGGCGUGAACAUUAAUGAGGCUGUGCUGGGAGAGUGGCUUUGAAGACUAUGAUGAGCGGUUAAUGGACUCGUGAUCAUUAUCCAUGCUUUAACCAGUCCAAUAUCGUCUUCUCUAAAUCGUCUUCUCUGAAUCG